AGCUGUCCAUCUUUUUCAGCUGAGCUGAGGUGCAUGUGUCCUCCCUGUUCUCAUCUCGUUGAAGUUGCUGCUCUUGACUCUCUUCCCUCUUCCGAGGCUUUCAAUUACCCCCGUACGGUUCAAUCUUCAGCCUACACUGCCCCGUGCUCGAUAUAUACCCCACUUUGAAGCUUAUAUUAACUUCUUCGGCUUCCCGCUUGUUCAGCCAACUCGCCCACAUUCACCUUCAGAGCUGACUAGCUUCAUAUACCUCGCGUUUUUGUGUUUGGACCUUUGAGAUACCAUGGAGUCACGGAGAACAAGUUUGAUAUCGGACAAGGGCUCUGCUGGGAAUUUCGAAGCAAUGUGCGAAUCUGCCUCGCGGCGUGCUUUGCAGUACGAAGUUCAAAUGAAGGACUUGGAGUCAACACUCGCUCAGGACUUGAGCAACGCUCGUGCCAUCGACACCAUACUUAGCGAAGUCAUCCAGGGUCUUCGAAGUACACAUCGUCGGUCACACAACGCAUUAACCUCAACGAUCCCUCAGACCGUCCACUCCCUGGGGGACGACUUGGCGGCGUUGAACGAGCUUGGUGAUGAUUUACCUAAUGUUGGGCGCCAAACACGGGACAUUCGGAAUAUUUACGAUAGAGGACGGGACAAGGCAAAAGAUUUGGUAGCGUCUUUAGAAUGGCUUAACACUCCAAUCCCGCUACGUUUGCGCGCAAUCAUCUUUACUCGAGACGCUCCGGUUGAUGCACGGUGGAAAGCACUCAUUCGUUUCCUCUUCGCGCUCGUAUUUCUCGCUUGCAUAUGGAUCACUUGGAUCACAUUGCGCGGUGCCAUACGCGCGCAUCGACAAAGACUUGUUUGGGGUGAACGUCUCAUGAGCUGAGACGCACUGCCGAUUAUCACGCCCUCACCUCGGUCCACCUUGCCUCAGCCCACUUUUCCCUGUUCUCCUCAUCUAUCGUCAUCUCCACCUUUCCACCUGCGCCACUUCCUCUCACUCUCCCGGUUUGCACAUAUGCGAUGUUGGUUCCGUUAUCUCCAUCAUAUAGUCUUGCUCAGACGCUUCUGCUUCUAUUUUUCUCCAUGCAUCACGUCAUUCAUCAUUCACCCUUCUAUCAAUCCAUCGUGCUUUGCUCCGACGCUCCCUAAACCCCUUUCUCAUCUUCAUCUCAUCUCAUUUCACUUUACUUCUUCUUUCUUCAUCCGAACAUGCUUUGCUUCUUGUACCAUAUUACGUCAUCUUUUCUUAAGCCUACAGUCUUAUAUCUUCCUUUGUCCGUUUCGGUUUCUUUGUUUGCUACAUGGUUCGUUUUGCUGGUUCCUCAUCUCGGUACUUCGUCGCACUACUUCCUUUCCUACACUCUGCAUCCGGGCCUCCCAGACCUCCUCCUUCUCGCCAUUGCUACUGCUGCUGCUUAUCUCCGAAGCUCAAUGUAUCAUUAUUGUUGUAUAUACGUAAAUACAGCUCAUCUACAUAG